CGACCACGUGGCAGAAUUUCAUGCUCCCUCCCCCGCGCUUUCACUCGCGUCAAAAUUCCGCCCACCAGACACCCAAAAAUCCAAAUUCUCACUACAAUAAAACUGGGAAGCGAGACGCUAAUUCUGAUCUGAUGUACUAAUCAUGACUUCUCUCAUUCGGAAGGUUUGGGUAUCCGUCAUCACCCGAUCGGGUUCCUCCUCGGCUUCCGCCCACAUGUCCAACCCGAACCCGCUAUCGGACCACGACCGGUUCCUUCAGAUGAUGUACAUCCAGACUUCGUCUACCGGGGAGUUCGACAGGAUUCCCAUCGAUAUUUUUAUGCAGAUUCUGAAAAUUCUUGGUCCCAGAGAAUCGGCGAGAGUGAGAGCGGUGUGCAAAGCCUGGAAAUUUUUAGUGUCGGAUAAUCGGCUUUGGAUUUAUUUUCUGCAGAAUCAGCCGGAGCCCUGGGACUCCGUUUUCUUUUCCGAAACUCACUUGCGAUCGGGUUAUCCUCUUCAAGUUUUUCCUUCUCAGAUGCACGAUCUAUCAUUUAUGCAUAUUUAUGGUCAGCGCGUGGAAGUCCCUGGAGCUCUUAUAAUUGAUGGUGGCUCAGGGUAUUGUAAAUAUGGGUGGAGCAAAUAUACCUCUCCAUCCGGGAGGUCAGCAACAUUUUUGGAAUUUGGAAAUAUCGAGUCUCCAAUGCCUUCUAGACUUAGACAUUUCUUUUCAACAAUUUGCAACAGGAUGCAGGUGAAAGCAUCAACACAACCAAUUGUUGUAUCAAUACCACUCUGUCAUUAUGAUAAUACUGAGUCUGCAAAAAGUUCUCGAAGACAACUAAAGGAUGCCAUCUACUCAACUUUAUUUGAUAUGAAUGUCCCUGCUGUAUGUGCCAUCAAUCAGGCCACCUUGGCUCUCUUUGCGGCAAGGCGAACUUCAGGAGUUGUCGUCAAUGUGGGUUUCCAUCAAAUCUCUGUCGUUCCAAUUUUACAUGGCAAGGUGAUGCAUAAAGUGGGUGUAGAAGUUGUAGGAAUGGGAGCGUUGAAACUGACAGGAUUCCUUAGGGAUCGGAUGCAACAGAACAAUAUACAUUUUGAUUCACUUUAUACUGUCCGCACGUUGAAGGAGAACCUAUGCUAUGUUGCUCUUGAUUAUGAAGCUGAAUUGUCCAAAGAUACACAGGCAUCUUUUGCAGUUACUUCAAACAAUUGGUUUACGCUUUCAAAGGAACGCUUUCAAACUGGGGAGAUAUUAUUCCAGAUGCAGGCAAUGGGUCUGCAUCAGGCUGUGGCACUAUGCAUGGAUCACUGCCAUGACGCCGAAUUAACUGGCGAUGAUAAUUGGUAUAAAACUGUAGUGUUGACCGGGGGUACUGCAUGUUUGCCAGGAUUAGCAGCAAGACUAGAGAAAGAACUGUAUGGCCUUCUACCACCUUCCAUAUCCAGUGGAAUUCGGGUUCUUCCUCCUCCUUAUGGUACAGAUUCUGCAUGGUAUGGAGCAAAGCUUGUUAGCAAUUUGAGCACGUUUUAUAGAUCUUGGUGCAUGACUAAGAAGCAAUUUCGGCAUUGGUCCAAACGCAAGCUGAUUUGGUGAACCCCUUCACAUGAAGCAGCCAAGGUAGUAGCAAAUCAGUGUGAACCUAGAUAUGUAUCCCAUAAGUAAGCAGAUUCUUUAUGUAAGUGAGUGUUUGAUUUAAAAAUUUGAAGCUCCAUUCUUUGGGUUAUAUCUGCUGUUAUAGAUAAGAGCUUCGUCUACAUUGGAAUUAUCUCUGUAAGACCUGCAAAGAAAUGAAAGCAAUGUAUAGACAUACUUGGCACUACCAAUAAAUUACCCUUCGCCGGGGUCCUCAAUUCGUCUA